AGUCAGAAUGCGAGCGGUCCGCCUGCGCCAUACGAGCAAGCAAAGCACGACUGGGAGUGAGGGCAGAUCGCGCAGCCUGCUCGACGAGGAUCAGACUGCGAGGGGGGUUUGAACCGUCGUCAUUGGACGGCAUCGAUCGCGAACAUUGCGCGCAAAGUUGUGGUUGACCGGUCGCUGUUCGUGGAUGUCUGCGCCUCGCAUCAUCGCACAGGUCGUCAUCUUGGGCUCACAGAUCGUCGGCAAAGCAUUCGUGGCAGCAUGGAAGCAGACCGUCGCCAAUGCAUCAGCGAGGGAAGCCGUCGGUGGAGCGACAGGCAGCAGUGCGGGAGGAGAUGCGAUCACUCGGCGGCAUCGCAUGUCAUUGGACGAAGCUUGCAAUAUCCUCAACGUCAAAUCGAUCAAGUACGGAGAUGACAGCUCGGUUUCACAGAUGCUCAAAAAUUAUGAGCAUCUUUUCAAGCAGAACGAUCCCAAGGCGGGAUCCAGCUUCUAUCUGCAGUCAAAGAUUGUCCGAGCCAAGCAAAGGAUAGAAGGCGAGCUCAUGGCCGAACGCGAAAGGCUAAAGCAGACCAUGGAUGAGCCGACCCCUCCACCGCCGAAUGCGCCGCCCAACUGACCUGGUACAGCGCCCUGGGAUCUUUCGAACACCGCUCACGCAAGCCAAGACUGUCUUGAUCUGCAUGUACAACCUGUAUGUGCAAAUAUGCAGAAUACGCAGCAUCGUCAAGUGUGACGCACGCUGUGCGCAUGACUCGUCAACCC